AUGCCCAUGCGUCGCCUCGCCACUACCGCCAGAGAGCCACGGGAAUACGUUAUCCUGCCUUUAGAAGUUGCCGGGAAGGGCCCCUUUGAUUUCCUCCUGGACACCGGCAGCAGCACCACCCUCGUCUCCCCGGAUUUUGCUUAUGGCACUAUCGGGUUGUCUACUAACGAGGGCAGGAUGACCCAGGGGCUCGGAGGCAUGGGGCCGGAGGGGAAGCAGGGGCGGGAGCUGCUGCUGCCGGACGUGAGGCUCGGGAAGUUUAGGUUCGGGCCGAUGCAAGCGGUGGUGCUGGACCUGCAGUACACGGGCCUGCCUGGAUCGGUGGCGGGGAUCGUGGGGCUGUCGUUCCUGUCUGCCUUUGACAUGGACUUUGACUUCCCCAGCAGCACUCUCACCAUCAUGCACUCAGGAGCUGCACUGGCAGCAGCAGGCAAGUGGACAGCGGGAGGCACCAUCCCCCCUCCGCGCUCUGCUGCUGCCACCUCUCAGGGGUUGGAUUUCGAGGGGCUGGCCAUGCUCGCCCCAGCCACUGUUCCCUUCAACCUACCCGCUGUCCAGAUCUCGGUGAAUGGCAAACCUUUAGAGACAGCGAUUCUGGACAUGGGGUCUGGGCUCAGCCUCAUCACCACUGCAGUGGCUUCCCGUGCCGGUGUCACCCCUUCCAGCAUUGGUGUGGCAUCGAUGGUGGACGUGGGAGGUGGAACAACACAAAUGGGAGGAGCAGUCGCCGAUCUGUUCCUUAUAACAAAGCAAGGAGGACCCACAGGGACGUCAGGCGGCCAUAUCCCCUUUACAAGCCACCCCAUGAUAGUGGGGGACCUGCCAGCCCUGGCAGUGAUGGGAGCGGGGGCAGUGGUGGGCAUGGAUGUGCUCAAGAGGACCCGCUGUGUGGUGUGCUUCAAGGAUAACAGGGUACUGUUGCAGAAGAAGUUUUAA